CCAUAUUCUACACCUAUCAUUACACCAUAACCUCCACGGAAUGGCAGACAUUGUUGACGCAGUUAUCAUCGGCGCCGGGCUGAGCGGCCUCCAGGCAGCAUUGGACCUGCACGAAGCUGGCCGAUCUAUCACGAUACUUGAGGCUCGCGAUCGUGUUGGGGGAAAGACCAACUCGGUGCAGCGCCUCGAUGGCAAAGGCGUUCAGGAGAUGGGUGCGGCGUGGCUGAACGAUACCAACCAGUCGCAUGUCUGGAGCUAUUGCCAGAAAUUUGGCCUGACGCCGGUCGUACAGAACGUCGUGGGUUUGGUGGCCAGUGAAGAUGCCAACGGCGAUUGCCACAUGUUUCCCUUUGGCGAAAUGCCCAAGUUUGGGCAAGCCGAGGUGGAUAACAUCACCGCCAUGCGAGACAUGGUCGAAGCGGCAUCACUCGAUCCGGAGAAUUUCCAACAGCCUAAGCGUGGCGAACUCGACAGCAUGACAUUCGAACAAUGGUGCAGAGAUGCCGGGGCUGGAACACGAGCUCUGCACACUGCGCGGCUCUGGUGUCGUGGCACGCUGGGUCAAGAUCCUAGCGAUGUUUCGGCACUCUCCUUUCUGGAGAUUGCCCGCGGUGGGUUGGGGAUUGUGAAUCUGCGAUACGACGGCAAAGAUGGAGCCCAACAUCUCCGUCUCCAGGAGGGCACCCAGUCCAUUUCCAUUGGCAUGUCGGGUUUGCUGCCCACUGGGACUGUCAAAUUCAACUCUCCCGUCAGUUCUAUCACGCAAGACACUUCGAAGCUCUGUACCGUGACUACGGCAGGCGGUCAAAAGUUCAAGGCACGAAAGGUCAUUGUCAGCAUCCCCGGGCCCGAGUACAAGAACGUCACCUUCAACCCGCCGCUCCCACGCCAGAGAGACAUGUACACCAAAGCUGUGCGCUACGGGUGCUACAUCAAGUUCAUUUGCUUGUUCAAGACGCCUUUCUGGAGGCGGCAGGGUUCUUGCGGGCUCGCACAGAGCUUCCGAGGUCCCAUCAACCAUUGUCGUGAUACUUCAGUUGAUGACCAAGGAAACUAUGCAUUGGCAUGCUUCCUCACCGCAGGCCCGGGACGAAAGUGGGCGGGCCUUGAUGAUGACCACCGCCGCGAGGCCAUUCUGAAACAGCUGGGUUCCUUGUUUGGCGUGGGAUACGAAGCUGUCAAGUCUGAGUUCUUGGAUUCCAUCACUUCCGAGUGGAUGCAGGAUAGGUGGGCCGGAUGGGGUUGUCCUCUUGCCACUACGCCUCCCAGUACGGUCAUCGGCGAAGGUGCCGACGGAGAGAUGAUUGGAGAGAAGUUUGGUGGUGUCUAUUUUGUAGGCACAGAGCUGACGAACGAGUGGCGCGGGUACAUGGAGGGAGCACUACGAAGCGGUAAGCGAGGCGCUACUCAGGCUCUGGUUGAUCUAUCUAUGGACGAGGUGCGUUUGUAGUCAAGCAAUCGCAUACUGUCAUUGGAGAAAUGCUGCAAAGCGGAG